GAAGCGGCGGCGGCGGCGCGUCCCCGCGGCUGAGCGGCAGCGAUCUUGACUCUUCUGCUCUAUAGAGGACGUUCCUGAUUUAGCAAAAUGUCUUCAGAGGAAACGGGGCUUUCUCGUAGCAGAGGGAUAAUGGUGCUUCAUUUCCUGAGCAGAACAAUGCAGCUGGCAAGACAUUCUUCUAGUCCACUGAGGAGACAACUCUGUUCAGCCAGUGCAAAUAAACCAGUGCUGACUUUGUUCACCAAGAAACCAUGCCCUCUAUGUGAUGAAGCCAAAGAAGUGCUUGAGCCACAUAAGAAAAGGUUUAUUUUGCAGGAGGUGGAUAUUACCCUUCCAGAAAACUCAUCAUGGUAUGAUAAAUACAAAUAUGACAUACCUGUAUUUCAUUUAAAUGGGAAGUUCCUAAUGAAGCAUCGAGUAGACAUUCGAAAGUUUGAGGACCAGCUAACAAAGUUCGAGCUGCAAAAUAAUGAAAACCAGUGAAGAAAACACAGCUGUUCUGGUGUGGAUAUAAAAGGAUUUUGCAACAUAAAUGAUGUGAAAGGGCAGUAUUCAUUAUCAGGCCUUACUUUUCUUAGAAUUUAUGGUACCUGUUUUUUGAAAAAUUUGAUGACCUAUAUUCUGUUUUGUAUUAGUAGUCCCACCCAGCUGCCUGAGUAGCAACCUUUCGUGUACCAUUCAUCUGCUGCUAUGCUAAUUAUUUGGCUUUUCAGAUAAAAUGAAAUGUGCUUCCAGAUUGUUAGUACCUGUAAGCUGUAGGUCUGUAAGAGGCCUCUUUGGAGAAGCUUAACAAUGUGUCCUAAGUGCUUAUUUUAAAAUGGAGAAGAGGGCAGUUAUUGUAAAUGAAAAGAACACCUGAUUAAAGACAGAAAGCUAACUGAA